UUGCGUAUGUUUUGUGGGCGGGGCUCGAUGGCUAACGGCACCACACCGGACACCGGGCGAAUUCAGCUGCUACGUCUUGAAUGUUGAAGAUGGCCGGAAGCAAGUCUUACACUAUAGUUGAGUAUUUCGGAGGGGGUGAUGGAUAUCGCUGUGGAUAUUGUAAAAAUGAUAAGGGAAACCUUUCUCACGGGAUGUGGUCUCACACCAUGACAGUCCAAGACUAUCAAGACCUCAUAGACAGAGGAUGGAGGAGAAGUGGAAAAUAUGUCUACAAACCAAUUAUGAACAAGACGUGCUGUCCACAGUAUACCAUCAGAUGUCAUGCACUGAAAUUCCAGCCUUCCAAAUCACACAAAAAAAUCCUUAAGAAGAUGAGCAAAUUUAUUUCUAAAGGGGAAUUACCGAAAGGACAGAGUGAUGGGGAGCCGAUGGACUCUGUGGGUGGAGAAACAGGCCCACAGGAGCCCACUGAAGUCUGUCUCUUAAAAGUGCAGAGUGCUGUCAUCACAGACAUUCAGAAGGAGGUGGCAGAGUGUCCUGCUGUCACAGAAGUUCAGGAGAGCGUAGCCGGGGGCAUGCCUGCUGGGUCAGAAACAUCACAGAAGAAUUCUCCAUCUGUCUCAGGUGGGAGAAUACCAGCCCCCAAGCACGGGAUGGGAGCUGAUCCCAGCCGAGCACCGUGUCGAAAGGCCAAAGACUUGAGGAAGGAGCGGCGCCUACAGAAAGAGCAGAUGAGACAACACGCUGAAGGGGUGUCCUCCAUAGUCUCUCCCACUCCCCCGCAGAUGACCCAACCCAAAGGCCUGGAAGAUUUCAUCAACCAGUCACUGCCUGAAAACGCUGCUCAUUCCCUUGAGGUGAGGCUAGUGCCGGUCGACUUUGAGGACCCUCAGUUCACAGCGUCCUAUCAGCAGUCGGUGGAACUGUACGCCCGCUACCAGAUGGCCAUUCAUGGCGAUGACCCCAGCGAAUGUAGUGAGAGUGAGUUCCGGAGGUUUCUCUGCGAUUCACCACUAGAGGCGGAAUCUUCUCCAGAUGGGCCUGAGAUGGGCUACGGUUCAUUCCACCAGCAGUACUGGCUCGACGGCCGCAUCGUGGCGGUGGGGGUGAUCGAUGUCCUGCCUAACUGUGUGUCCUCUGUCUACUUGUACUACCAUCCAGACUUUGCCUCGCUUUCUUUGGGCUCCUACUCUGCUCUCAGGGAGAUCGCAUUCACCAGGCAGCUGCAGAAACAGUCCCCCAAGCUGUGUUACUACUACCUGGGCUUUUAUAUUCACUCCUGUCCCAAGAUGCGUUAUAAGGGGCAGUACCGGCCUUCAGACCUCCUCUGCCCAGAAACCUACAUGUGGGUACCAAUAGAGCGUUGCAUACCCCAGCUGGAGGACUCUCGCUAUGCUCGUUUGAACCAGGAUCCUGAUGCAGGAGACUGUCGAGCGCUGAAGGAGGUGGGCAGAGCUCUGGUGCUACACAGACGGGCCGUUAUGCCCUACGCGGCCUACGCCCGCAAACGCAGGGGCUCCAGCGACGAGACGGAGGUGCAGCAGUACGCCAGCUUGGUGGGCCAGGACUGUGCUGAAAGGAUCCUGCUGUACCGGGCCUGAGACGUGCAGCAUGACAGCACUACACCUUUGGUUCUACCUAAUGUACUGUGUGUCCUCACUGUAUGUGAAAGUGCUUUCUGCUGCCUCCCCUGUAGCUCACUGUCUGCUUUAUUGCAUUUACUCAUCCAAACACUGGCCUCGUUAUCAAUGACAUCUCAUUAAUUGUGUUAUGUCUGCAGCAUCCCUUCUCGGUUUAGCUUCUGUGGUUUUUUUUUUCCUUGGUCUGAUCUGACGUCUGACGAGGCCCAGUCCCUUGAACUGCUCUGUUCAGUGCGGUGUUGAGUCCUGUUUCACCAGAGCUUUGAGCUGCACAGAGGCCACAGCUCAGCUUUGGAUGGCGUUUGAAGAGCAUGUGAAUGUCCAGUGUCCUUGGAGAAGGGUUUUUGCCUACUUAUCACAUCACAGCCCCAAACUUGAGAAUGACUCAGGUUUUUAUUGAUGGCUUUCUAUGAAGCAAAGAGCUCACUGUUUUAAUAUUUUUUUCAGUGAUUUUUCAUCUUUAUUUGAUUUUGAUUUAAUAACAACACUUAUUUGAUUGAACCAAAUAAAGGGGUGGUCUACUCCCUGA